AUGGCUGAAGAAUCUUUUGAAGACUACGGCUCCGGCGGCGAUGCGUCGCCGUUCGGAAAUUCGAAUUUUCGUCGCUCGAUCAAUCGAAAAUCUGGGCGAUUUCGUCGACCGAGGCCGGAUAAAAAUGCGAAUUUGUCGAUUCCGAAUGGAAAUGGCAAUCUUUCGCCAAAUGAUGCGACGAUUGAGUCGGACAUUGACGAUUUAACAGAUGCCAUGGGGACGAUGUCCAGGAGGAUUAUGAGGAUAGAAGAAGAACGACAAGCGAAACAAGAACACACGGAGCAAGUAAAAAUCGAAAACACGGAAUUGAAACUGCGCGUCAACGAACUGGACAACAACUACCACGAUCUGCAGCUGAAAUACGACGAAAUGAAACAAUCCGAAAGAGCGAAGGCGAGAGACGAUCUCGAGAAAUUGAAGAAAGAAAAGAAUCUUGAACUGGAACUCGCUAAUCAAACCAUUUCUCAACAAAAAGAAGAAAUCGCUCGAAUAACGAAGGAAAACGACAAGUAUCGCCACAAAGCUGAAAAAUACAAGAAACAACUCGAAACCUUGCAAGACAAGCUCGACGCGGCGCAUGUCAAAGUCGAAGAUCAAAUGGAAAAGUAUCAGAAACUCAACGAGUCGACUUCCAACGAAAGAGAAAGAUACACGAAGCAACUGUCUUCGCAUACAACCGAAAAACUUCAAUUUCAGACGCAUAUCGCCCAGCUAGAAGCAGAAAACAAGCAGCUUCAGACAAAAUACGAGGAAAUGAAGAAACAAGCGGUCGACGCUGUCACUUUGGUCAAAACUCAGGACGAGGCAAAACCUUCAGAAGUCCAAAAUCUGCAAGAUGAAAAUGAUAAGCUGACCCAGCAAAUCGAAGAUCUCAACCUUCAACUCUUACAGCAGCAUAUUGCGAAAGCCAAAGAUUUCCAGCGCUCAGGAGAAGCGGAGGAUUCUUUCGCCAACGAAAUCGGCCUCAUGGAAGCUGAUGAAAUUGCAAUAAAGUACUCUGAGUUGAAAUGUCAGCACCAGCAGCUUCAAGAAUAUUUGGACACGCUUUUGACGACUAUUCUUGAGCGAGAUCCGAGCUUGCUGGAAAAACGCCACGAAAAGACUGAGGGGAAAUAA